UGGCAUGAAUGACUGUGCACACACCUGGGAGAAAGCAGUGAAUCAUCAUCAUCAUCCUUUGAUUUCAACACAUUCUGAAGGACGAGCAGACAUGGGUCAGGCAGGAUCAUCCUCCUGUCCUCAGGUGAUUCUCAUGGGUUUGGAUUCUUCAGGGAAGUCUACUCUCCUGGCCAGACUGCUAACAGGAAAGGUGGUGAAGACGUCUCCAACCAUUGGCUUCAAUGUUGGAACCUUGAACUUGGACAAGAAAACAUCUCUGACGCUGUGGGAUGUUGGGGGGCAGAAGAGAAUGAGGCCCAACUGGAGACUCUACUUGGAUAACUGCAAGGCCUUGGUCUUUGUUGUGGACAGCAGUAAACCAGCUCGCAUGGCUGAAGCUAAGAAGGCACUGAAGAUGGUCCUGAGUGACAGUAAGCUGGAAGGUGUUCCUCUAAUGGUCCUAGCCAACAAGAAGGAUCUUCCUAACAGCUUGAAAAUUCGAGAGGUGUCUACUCUGCUAGACCUGGAGAGCUACAAGGACCGGCAGUGGGAGAUCCAGGCCUGCAGUGCCGUGCAGGGCCUUGGCCUGCAGCAGGCCUUCCUUUCUGUCCACAAGAUGAUCAAGAAGAGCUGAAAUGACAACAGUCUGACACUUUUUUAAUUAGUUUAUUCUUCUGAAUUAUUUGACAUCCUCACAUGUACUGACAGAUUUUGCCAUCUGGUUCCUUCUGAGGUUUAUCUCUUUUUGUUAUCUUUGAACUUUGAUAUGUGAACGUUUAUUCAAUGUUCAAUCUGGGAAUUCAAAAAUUAAAGCUUUUCCAGAUAAA